AUGCUGUCGGGAGAUUGCCCAUGCCCCAGCUUUUUAUGGCCCCGCCUCCCAAGAGUCGUUUGUGAGUCAAGGGCCUGCCGUGGCGCGGCCGUGCCCGUGGUGGCUGGACAGGAUUCUCCUGCAUGGUUGUGGCUUGAUGGGAAUGGGCUGGUGCGCCAGCUGAAUGAUGCGUUGCGCAUGUACUCUGUUUUCGCCUAUGUCGAGUCUUAUGGAGCUCUUGACAACGACGGGUCGAUGUAUGGGCCGUUGCGCUUCCAAGUCCCGGCAACCUCGAACUCUUUUGCCGUGCUGCCGCAGAUCUCCUCGCCCGUCACUAAGGACGGUUUCGCCGUCAGCUUCACGCCCACAGCCUCGGCAGGCUGGGGCUACGCGAUGCUGGCUGCCGAAGCGGACUACGCCACGCUCACGGUGGCCAAUGUCAAGGCCUUCAUGAGCGCGGUGGGCGAUGCAACUUGCAAGUGGAACGACUUUGCCUUCACAAUGGGCAACACGGUGAACCUCACCAGCUGCAGACUCUAUGGGGGGCAGAAGUACCGGCUCUUCGUGUACCUGGAGGAUGGGCACAACAAAGAUGAUGGUGUCCUGGCGGAUCCCAUCGAGGUCAAUGUGCCGCCUUCGAACAGCUUCGCAGGCGUCUACCCUUACCCGAGGCUUGGGGCGACGCCGACGGUCAGCCAAGUCACCGUGGAGUUCGAGGCCGCCGAGGCGGGCGGCGUAGCCUGGGCAGUGGUGAUCCCGGAGCUGGAUGCGAUGAGCGCCACGGUGGCCACCAUCAAGGCAGCCACAGGAGCCCUGUGCUCCACUGCCAGCGUGUCGCUGACCACUGGCCUGCAGAGCUUCACCGUGGACAACUGCGCCUUGAGCCUGGAAGUGCUCUACAAGGCCAUGGUCUACAUCGAAGAUGCGUUGGCAGAGAACGAUGGCAGCUUCGCGCCCGUGGACGUGAUGGUGCCGUCCAAUGGCACGACCAACGCCUUCGCAGCGUACCCGCAACUGGUUUCCAUCGGGGGUGCUCUGGCCAGCUCCGACGGCGUCACCUUCACAGUGACUGCUUCCAGCGCGGACGGCCGCCUUUGGGCUAUGGUGGUUCCCGACUAUGUCGGAGACUGCAUGACCGUCAGGGCCAUGAAGUUCCUCCGGGAUGCGCUGUGCAGCCGCUGGAACCAUGCGGUCAACGACCAGCCACAGACCCUCAGCGUACUGGGCUGCAAUCUCAAAGGCGGGGAAAGCUACCGGCUCUUCGUGUACGUUGAGGGCACCUACAACGGGGACGACGGUGUCCUCGCGCCGGCAGUGCAGUUCAUGGUGCCGUACACGAACACUUUCCUGGUGCAGCCGGCCGUUGCCAACGACUUGGUCUCCCCUGACGGAUUCCAGCUCACGUUCCAGGCGGAGAGCGAGGGAGCAGUCUGGGCCAUGGUGGUCGCCAAUAUCCAUGAGCAGUGGGUCGACCCCAAUGCCAUCAAGGUGGGCACUUACUCCCUGGGCAGUGCCAUGUGCCACCUUCAGGGUGAGGCCUUUGCCUACGUGGAGGGCCUCAAUUCAUCCUAUACGGACGGCCAAUCUUCGCAGCCUGUCUCGGUCCUGGUGCCAGCUGUCUCCAUGCGUUUCAAGACUGAUCCCUUCCUGGCCGAAUCGGUGCUGACGAGCCGCGUGGCCUUCAAGUUCACGACGGAGGCUACCGAUCAAGGGGCAGCCGCAGUCGUCCCAGGAGCUGUCUGGGCCAUGGUGGUGACGGAGCUCCAGGCCCCGCAGGUGACGCGGUGGAGCCUCAAGUCUCUGAUGGGCACCCUGGCCAUGGGAGGCCCCGACUGCCGCAUUGACGGCGAGAGCACGGUGGGAGGAGCCGCCGUCACCUCCCUGAGCGAGGUCUCCGCCGUGCUGCAAGACUGUCAGCUGAGACACGGAACGACCUAUGAGCUGGUGGUCUACGUGGAGGAUUUGGGCAACCGCUCCGAUGGAACGCUGUUGCUCACCAAGGUGUACACCCCACCAGGCAUCUCCAAUGGCUUCACGGACCUUCCGAUGGUCGUGGGCAACAUCACAGGAGAGCAGGUCUCCGUGCAGUUUGCCGGCAUCAGUUUGUUGGGCAAAGCCUGGGUGGUCGUGGUACCAGCGAGUCUCGUGAGCCGGGGCACUCAGAGAGGCUCCGCCACAGCCAGCUCGGUGAUGCGCCUCCCCCAGGAGUCUGGAACUGGAGCAGUCGGUGGACCGGACUGCGUCGUCACAGCCAUGGACAUCGAUGGCAAUGCGGUGGAUCUGGACAACUGCUCUCUGGCAUUCUCCAACGACUACGCUGCGCUGGUCUACGUGGCAGACAUCGGCAUGCACGAUGACGGUCGCGCCCGCUUGAGGAAGACUUUGGAACCAGCCCAUACUUUGACCGACUCGGAGGCCAACAGCUUCUGUGGCAUCCACGAACGCCUACGGAAGACCGGCGUGACAUUUGCAACCUGCAAGGUCAAUGCGGUCAAUGCGAGCGCGAGGAGCUCGACGGCAGCGGAGAUCGACGCGAUAAAGCCGAUGGCGACUGAGGCAGAUGCCAAGUGGCUCCUGGAGACCAUGUGCAAACCUUCGACAAAGGAAGUGCGACUGGCCGCGCUGGCAGCUUUGGACAAGUCACCCAAAUCCUGCAUGCGGAGGUUUGUCCAAGAUGGCGGGUUGAGGAUCUUGGAGAAGUGGUUGCGAAAGAGCCCUGCCGCGCGCUACGCGUGCUUGCAGGUUCUGCAGAAGUUGCCCGUGUCCUUGCCCGAUCUGCGACAGGCCAACAUCAUGCCGUCCGUAGCCAUGAUUCAACGGUCAGAGGCCGAGGAAGCGAACGGCAAGCAGGCACUCGCUUUGCUGGAGCGGUGGAGGUCCCUCGUACAAUGCAGCGAUGAGCCGCCUUUCAAGAGGCCCCGGCAAGAUGAGGCCCCAGUGGCAGCUGCAGCGCCGGCGCCCAAGGCGGCGGCCAAGGCGGCAGCGCCCGUGGCGGACCCGCGGCCGCAAACGCACGCGCAAGCGCAGCCGCCGCAGCCGCGGACCCCACCGCUGAGCCAGCUGCCAGCGGCCAAAUCGGAGGACAUCCCUCCAGAGCUGAAGAAUGUCGAUCCCCGCAUUGCCUUGGUCCUCAUGGAGAACCCAGAUCUUCUGGAGUUCCUGAAGAAGCAGCCGGGGAUCUUUCAAAACAUGAGCCCCCAAAGCCUGGCUUUCCACCGCCGCAACCUGAAGAAUGCGCGCGAAUCCUCCUUGCAGUCGGAGGACAGCAGGCAUCGCAUAGGCUGCAGUGUCACCGUCUCCAACCUCACGGAGCAGACCACGGAGCAGGACAUUCUGGCAUUCUUCACGGCUCAGGAGCUCACGCCUGUGAAGGUCGACCUGCCACGUGAGAGCCGACGAAAGCGGCCCUGCGGCACGGCCUUCGUUGUGCUUCCGUCGCAAGAACAGGCGCAGCUGACCGUUUCGAGGCUUCACGGCCUGGAGCUGCAGGGAAGCUGUGUGUCUGUGGAGCCGGUGGACGGUUUGGGCGAUGAAGCCCAGGAAAGCCAUCGGGUUCAAUGGAAGGAUGACGAUGAGCUGUGGGAGGUCAUCAUGUUCCCCGCAGAGGAGACCGUGGAAGAGCUUGGGCUGCGGAUCCGGAAGCAGGACUUUGCCAGCAAGACCAAGAUGCCGGGAAGUUCCAAGGGGGCAAGCUUCGAGGCGGCGAGACGGGUCGAAAUGGCCAUGGAGAGGCAGCAUGCCCCAAACGCAUUGAAAUCCGCAACUACGCGGAUUAGUUCUUUGGCAGCCGCCCCCUUCAGAUCUCCUGCCUCCAAUGACUUUAUGGUGGCUCCGAUGCUUGUGGGCGUGCCAAGCACCGACGGUUUGACGGCCACCUUCGAGGCCAGCAAGCCUGGAAACCUCUGGGCCGCUGUUGUGAGCGAGGCUGCGCCCACCCGGAAGAAAGGAGCGACCUUAUCAGUCGGAGUCGAAGCCGGGCAGGCAAACGCGGCCCUGGUGACGGUGGCCACCGCGAAGUCCACGCAGUUGUGGGCGUGUGCUGGUGACGACAGAGAUGGCGGAGAUGGCACACAGCGGCGCGAAACCGCAGUGGCAUCCAUGGCCCCUGCGCUGAGAUGCGCGCCAUCUUUUGGCUCAUGUGGCUCCCUGCCCCUGCUCAAUUCCCAGCAAGAGAAUAAGAGGAUGAAGCUUCUGAGGACGCUCGCUGUUCUCUUGCUGCUGCCGACAGCCACGUUCGCCCAGGAAGAUGAGGAUGCAGAUGCACCUCCCGACUUCGACGAGCUGCUGGGUGAGAUUGACGAGAACAAGGAUGGAAAGAUCUCAUGGGAGGAGAUGUUCGGAAGUGAUGCGGAUGCCCCCGACGAGGAGGGCAUGCCUGAAGACAUCAAGGCGAAGUACCAGGCAGUUUACAAGGAGUGCGACUCCGACGGAGACGGCCUUAUCAACCGCGAGGAGCUGCCAACGCUCUUCAACAAGCUGACGCUCAUGGAGGAGGAGGAGGGCAUGCAUGACGAGAAGGUGUACAUUGAAGAUGAGAAUCUUAUGGGGGACGGCACGCUGUCAAUGGUGGAUGUGCCAGUGCCAGGCUCCACCACCUUCACCAGUGCCCCGGCCAUCAACGGAGUGCCGACCACCACGGGCCUGACCUUCGACUACACGGUGGCCCACGACGCCGGCGCCACCAUCGGCCUGAUCUGGGCCUCCGUCGGCACGCCUGCAGCCGCGGCAGCCCUGGACCUCGUCUCCGUGAAGGCCCAGAAGGGCCGGAAGGAGUCUGAAAAGCCUCUGCGUGAAGCAUCUUUGUUUCUGGCCUUCUCGAUUGCGCUGUUGCGCGACAGAUACCACCUCGUGGUCUAUGUCGAGUCUUCUGGAAACACCGGAACCCUGGCAUCACCGGUGCCCUUCACUGCCCGAUGCCGAGCAGAGGUGCCGACGUCCAACAGCUUCUACUUUGCCCUUGCCUCAGCAUGUGUGGACAUCCUCUUUGCAGUGCACCAAGCGGGCAAAGCCUGGGGAGUGGUGGUGGAGCAAGCGAACGUGGCCUCAGUGACUGUGGGCACCAUCAAAGCUGGCACGGGUCAGGGCCCCUCCCCAAAGCGGCGCACAGAUCCGCGCAGUGCCUAUGGCGGCGUCUGCCUUGUGGCGGAUCAGGCUGUUCGCUGGCCCUGCUCUCGAGACGUUCCAGCCCUUCACAUACCGCCGCAAGUGGUCUCGUCCCAGGUCAUGGCGACGACGUACAAGGCCUUCGUCUAUGUUGAGGAUGGCAGUGGCCUGGGUGACGGCACCCUCUCCGGAGCAGUGGAUGUAGUCCUACCGGCCUCCAACAUGUUCCAGAUCGAGCCCUACGAGUUCAGGACGCCCUUCCCGACCGCCAUCAGCUACUUCUUCGCUCCCGUCUCUGACGGCAAAGCCUGGGCCAUUCUGACCUCGAACAUGGCGUCCCGCACGCCCGCCGAGAUCAAGGCCUUGUACAUGGCUUCGGGCGGGGCCACCUGCAACGUCCAAAGUAUGGACGUGCAGGCCAAUGUCGAGAGUGAAAUCGGCAACUUCACCUGCGCGCUCACCGCGAGUCAGACGUACAAACUCCACGUGUAUGUGGAGGAUGCGAAUGGUAACAACGAUGGCACGGUCACAACGCUCAUAGCCAAUGUGGCGCCCACCACGGCCCCCAACUACUUUCAGGAGAGCCCCAGGCUGGUCUCCAGCCUCACCGGCAGCGGCUUCGACGUGAGCUACCGCAUCGCCAACCCUGGCCGCAUCCACGCCAUCGUCACUGCGCAGGGUGCCGCGGUGAGCGUCAGCUCCCUGCUCUCGGGCACGGAUGCGAUCGGAGACAUGUCCUGCAGCUUCCUGCCAGAGGAUGGGGUCGCGCAGAAUGUCACGACCCUGCAGACCCUCAAUUUCACGGGCUGCGGAAUGCUUGGAGGAGCCAGUUACGAGCUCUGGGUCUACGUGGAUGACAUGCCCGGAGGAGUUUGGCCCACAGGUGCCGCUGCCACCGAUGGAGUGCUUUUCGGGCCGCUGCUCCUCAGCAUUCCCUUCUCAAACCGCCUGGCUGACCCUCCACAGAUCGUCCUCGUCAGCGGCUCCACCGUCACUGUGGAGAUCAACACCACUGCUGCCUUAGGAUACGGGUGGUUGACGGUCUAUCCCACUGCGACCACCGUCGACGUCCCUGCUGCGAGAAAUGUCAGCAACGCACUGUGCGGCGUGGCGGCCGUCCAGAUCGAUUCAACGACCACGGCGGAGCUGUCGACCACCGCAUGCGAGCUGGUUGGAGGCGUGCAGUACCAAGUGGCCAUCCUCGUGGAGGACCGUGAUGACUUCAACGAUGGUGAGCUGACGGUGCGAACCUCAGCCCUCAGCUCCUCGGGAGGUCUCCAUGGCUUCACUUCCUGA